GAUGGGCGGUGGAGUCGUAACGCCCCGCAAGUUACUUCCACGUAACGCCAGUGUUAAAUGGUCAAAGGAGCCGUCUGUUCCCCAGUGUAUUUGGUUUUCUUUGCGAUACCAUAACACCCGGAAGUGUAAUCAUGGAUCCCAAAACCAGCAAACUUGCCCAGAGGUUAGCCGAAGCCGGCCAAUCUCACCUCCUGCAGUUCUGGACAGCGCUGAGCCCUGAGGAGCAGGCAAGUUUGACCCUUGACCUGGAAGCAAUGGACUUCAAGGAGAUCAAUGGAUUUUUCAAGAAUGCCAUGGAGAUGUCCAGCAACAGUAAGGAGAAGAUGGACGCCCGUAUGGAGCCGGUACCCAGAGAAGUUUUGGGCAGCGUGACGAGAGACAGGGACAACCUCAAAGACUGGGAGGUCAAGGGUCUGCACUGCAUUGGUCAGAGUAAAGUGGCGGUCCUGCUGUUGGCAGGGGGACAGGGAACUAGAUUGGGGGUCUCUUACCCCAAAGGCAUGUACGACGUGGGACUACCGUCACAUAAAACCCUCUUUCAGAUCCAGGCUGAGCGAAUUCUGAAGCUGGAACAGCUGGCUGAGCAGACGCACACAACCAAGUGCCUCAUUCCCUGGUAUAUCAUGACCAGUGGUAGGACAAUGGGCAUGACUAAGGAGUUCUUCUCACGUCAUAACUAUUUUGGCUUGGACAAGAACAACGUCAUCUUCUUUCAGCAAGGCAUGCUACCUGCCAUGGACUUCAGCGGCAAAAUCAUUCUGGAGGGCAAAGGCAAACUCUCCAUGGCGCCUGACGGUAAUGGGGGCCUGUACAGGGCGCUGGGGAACGAGGGGAUUGUGGAUGACAUGGAGAAGAGGGGGAUCAAGUUCAUCCAUGUCUACUGUGUUGACAAUGUCCUGGUGAAAGUAGCUGACCCAGCCUUUAUUGGUUUCUGUGUGCAGAAGGGAGCGGAUUGUGGAGCUAAGGUGGUGGAGAAAACCAACCCGACGGAGGCAGUGGGUGUUGUUUGCAAGGUGGACGGGCGUUACCAGGUGGUUGAGUACAGUGAGAUCACUCUGCCGACUGCCGAAAAACGCAGCGCUGAUGGACGACUGAUGUUCAAUGCAGGAAAUGUGGCCAAUCACUUCUUCACCCUGCCCUUCCUCAAAGACAUAGUGCAGAAACAUGAGCCUGAGCUGCAGCACCAUGUGGCCCGGAAGAAGAUCCCUCAUGUGGACUCACAGGGACAGCUGAUCAAACCAGACAAACCCAACGGAAUUAAAAUGGAAAAAUUUGUCUUUGACAUCUUCCAGUUUGCCAAGACAUUUGUUGUGUAUGAGGUGCUGAGGGAAGACGAGUUCUCCCCGCUCAAGAAUGCAGACAGCCAAGAUGGCAAGGACACGCCCACCACAGCCAAACAUGCCCUCAUGUCACUGCACCACCGCUGGGUCCUCAACGCAGGGGGCCACUUCGUCGACGAGAAUGGGACACAUGUGCCUGCCAUACCCAGAGACGGAGCAGCAGGCAGUGUCACAGAUGAUGUCAACAUAAACUUGAAGGAUGGAACUGACCUGCCAAUCAAAUGUGAGAUCUCCCCACUGGUGUCCUACGGAGGAGAGGGUCUUGACGAGAUGGUGAAGGGACGAGAGUUUCGGCCCACUCUGAUGAUUGACCAGAACGGAGUUCACGAGUUAGUGAAGAACGGAGUGUAGAAAGGAAGGAAGGUAAAAAGAGGAAGACGGAGAGAGAGACAGAAACAGUCCAAAGUUCAUCCUCCUUUUUGUCUCUCUCUCUCCAAACUGUGAUAUCAUCGCUGUGCAAUAAUGUCGUGUCCACUUGUUCUCUAUGUUCGAUGGAGCGGAGGCUCUUAUGUCCAGCCUGAAUGAAUGAAUCAGUCAAUCAAUCGAUGAAUGAGCUGAAGUUUACUGUUUACAUUUUGGCUCGCUUGCUUGUAUUCAAUACUUCAAAUUUGUUUUGAAGAGCACAUGAACACAGCAUGAGAUGAAGGACGAAAUCCCUGUUAAAUUGAUUGGAUGAAGAAGUCUUCAUAUGCAGCUACUCAUUUUGCUCACAAGACUUAUUUUUUAAAUGGACCGAUGGAUGCAGUUUAGGCAGAGAUUCAUUUUGCCAAGUGAUUUGUAGAUAUAAUGUAGGAACAACAUGCAAACUCUCAUCAAAUUAUCAGGAAAGUGGUUUUUUUUUUCUAAUGUAAUGGAGAUACAUGAUAUACUUUGGGCAGGGGAUAUUUAUGGUAUAUGCUUCUUUCUGCUUGUAAUCAUUUACAACAAGCUACUGUUCAGCUUUAAGACAAACUAUGAUUUCUUUUCUAUUGUCUUUUAUUAAAGAAAUUUCCGAU